UGCUGAGGGAGGUGCUGGAGAGCAGCAGUGCUGUGGCAGCGCGCGGUGCUGUGGCGGCGCUGAAGUGCUGCAUGCCGCCACUGCUGCUGUGGCAGCACACCCCGCCCCUCCUGCCCCUCCUGCAGCCCCUCCUGACUGCUGCUGCACACCCCUACUGGCUCGUCAGGGUGGAGGCGUGUGCCCUUUUGGGGGCGCUGCCGCUGGCCCACGUGGACCACCUCCAGCGGGGGGACGGGCCCCACGGGGGUGUGGGGGACAGUCCCCGCGUGUUGGGGGCACUGGGAGGCAAGCCCCCAGCCGGGGGGUCGUUCUCACACCUGGUGCUGACGUCAGCGCUGCUGCCUCGGCUCGCUGACGCUGACGCCCGCGUGCGCUCUGCCGCCUGCGCCGCCCUCGUCAGGCUGGUGUCGGUGGGGCUGCUGCUGGGGGAUCUGCUGGGGGUGUGCGGGGCGUCGCAGCUGCUGCCGGGUUACCUGCUCCCCAGCCCCACCAGGCUGGACGGCUGCUGGAGCGAGGUGGGGGGAGCUGCGUUAGCUCCCCCAUACGACGCCCUCGUGGCGCGCCUCCGGGAGCAGCAGCGACGCACGUCCUCCCCUCGCGGAGGCGCGAGCGCCACUGGAGGCGCCGACAGCGCACCACCGCCAGACGCCCUCGAGCUGCUGCGGCGUCAGCACGUCGACGACAGCUUGUCCCGCCUCGUGCACCUCCUUACCACCACUCUCUUCACCACCACCAACAAGAUCAUGAAGGGCGGCUGCGUACAGGCGCUCAGUGAGCUCGCCCACGCCUACCCCCCCGUGCUGUACCUGUCUCUUAUACACAUCUAG